CGGGGCCUGGGGAGGUUAGGGGGUUUGCUCCAGCCAGAUGCACUGAGGUCGCGGCGGCGAGAGAGGGCGAGGGGAGGAGAAGGCCCGAGGCGCAGCCGUGGUGGGCGCGCUCUGCCCAGAGGGGCGGGGGCGCCGAGCGCGCACGCGGAGGAGGAGGAGGGGGCGGGGGAGCGAGUGCGCCGCUAGAUCAGGGAGCGCGCCCGCCGCCGCCGCCGCCCUCCUCCGGAGAGAGGCAGGAGUGAGGCUGUGCGAAGCGCCGCAUUUCGAUGAGGAGCGGCCGAGGCGCGUCCCUCCGCUAGCGGCUGCAGCCCAGACGCCCGCGGUCCAGCAGCGGCCGCCGCCCAGCCCCGGCCCCGCCGCCGCCGCCCCGCAGCCCCGCGGCCAGGCCGCGCCCAGCCCCGCGAAGACAGCACCAGGAGGCGGCCACGAGCGCGGCCACAAAGACCCCCGGCGGCGUCUCUCCGCGGACCGGUUCAACUUUAACUCCGUCAUGUCCUUCGGCAGAGACAUGGAGCUGGAGCACUUCGAUGAAAGGGAUAAGGCGCAGAGAUACAGCCGAGGGUCGCGGGUGAACGGGCUGCCCAGCCCCACGCACAGCGCCCACUGCAGCUUCUACCGAACCCGCACGCUGCAGACCCUCAGCUCCGAGAAGAAGGCCAAGAAAGUUCGUUUCUAUCGAAACGGAGAUCGAUACUUCAAAGGGAUUGUGUAUGCCAUCUCCCCAGACCGGUUCCGAUCUUUUGAGGCCCUGCUGGCAGAUUUGACCCGAACUCUGUCGGAUAACGUGAAUUUGCCCCAGGGGGUGAGAACAAUCUACACCAUUGAUGGGCUCAAGAAGAUUUCCAGCCUGGACCAGCUGCUGGAAGGAGAGAGUUAUGUGUGUGGCUCAAUAGAGCCCUUCAAGAAGCUGGAGUACACCAAGAACGUGAACCCCAACUGGUCCGUGAACGUCAAGACCACCUCUGCUUCGCGGGCGGUGUCCUCGCUGGCCACCGCCAAAGGGAGCCCUUCGGAGGUGCGGGAGAAUAAGGAUUUCAUUCGGCCCAAGCUGGUCACUAUCAUCAGAAGUGGAGUGAAGCCGCGGAAAGCUGUCAGGAUUCUGCUGAACAAGAAGACGGCUCACUCCUUUGAACAGGUUCUCACUGACAUCACUGAUGCCAUCAAGCUGGACUCGGGAGUGGUGAAGCGCCUCUACACCCUGGAUGGGAAGCAGGUGAUGUACCUUCAGGACUUUUUUGGUGACGAUGACAUUUUUAUUGCAUGUGGACCGGAGAAGUUCCGUUACCAGGAUGAUUUCUUGCUAGAUGAAAGUGAAUGUCGAGUGGUGAAGUCCACUUCUUACACCAAAAUAGCUUCGUCAUCCCGCAGGAGCACCACCAAGAGCCCAGGGCCUUCCCGGCGCAGCAAGUCCCCGGCAUCAACCAGCUCAGAACUUUUUGCUGCAUAUAAUGCUGAAUCCUCCUUCCAUUCUCUUUCCCUGUACCCAUCCACUGCCCCUAGCGCUCAGUCUCAGCAGUUAAUGGAACCCCUGGUAGUCAGCUCUCUACUCCGCGCUCGGGCAAGUCUCCAAGCCCAUCGCCCACCAGCCCUGGAAGCCUGCGGAAGCAGAGGGACCUGUAUCGCCCCCUCUCUUCGGAUGAUUUGGAUUCAGUAGGAGACUCAGUGUAAAAGAGACAAUGGAGCAGUGUAUAUGGUUUGUGGUUGGGUGAAGGUUUCACAUUUCCUAAGCAAAAGUCUAACAGCAAAAUACACAAAAGAGUUUUGCAUACCUUGAAAUUAUGAAGCCUAAAUCAUAUAAAAGGAAAUCUCCAGGCAUUUUGUAUUAAUCCUUGAAAGAGAUAUUUUUUUAUAUCUCCUACGUUGAUUUGACUGAGGGAGCUUGAACACAGACUGGCUCAGUGGGUGAGGUUUUUAUGCCAGGCCUGGCUCUACAUGAAUUUCAUUUAUGGGCCCGAUCUUAGUUUCAGAACAUGCUAAUGGUGUAGCAAGACAGUCAUAAUUUCUGUAGAUGGGGUUUUCAUUUUCAUCAUAAGUAAACAUGUAGAUACAAAUUUUCUGUACAAUUCUGUACAGAUUUUCUGGCUAAGCAGAUUAAAAUGCCACUAGCAGACAUUUUUUCUUAAAGUUAUAUUCUUCUUAAACUUUACACUGCUGAUUUUAAAGGACUUUUAUUGCAAAAUAAUCAAAAUAUUCAAGUAGGGUUCUUCUUCUUCCUAGACAGUAUUCAGAGCUACUUGUUAUCUUGUGGGUUAGUAUAGGUGAGGAAAAACACCCAUGUCAAAGACAUAUCUCAUGAAGACUUUCUUGUUAAGCAUAGGAACUUUCCUUAUUUUUGUUGUAAAAAGUAAAUUUAACUCUUUAAACUUACCUUUCAUUGAAAACAGCAUAAGUCUAGCUUAAACAUGAAGAAUUUGUUCAAUGGCAUUGCUAUAAAUUAUAUAAUUCCUCCCUACAACCAUAUAUAUAAUUUUUCAAAUAUGUAAAUGCUGAAGCUAGGAAGCUUUUUUUAUUAAACAUACAGACCUAAAAAAUUGUGUCUGGACUUAUUCCAAAAAACCAAUUUGAAAAGCAAAAUUCUUUUAAAUGGUGCUACAUAAAUCAGGCCCCAAAUAUCCAAAUCUCUACUCUGAUAAAUCCUGGAUCUUACUGGUGUUUUGGAAAUUUUCAUAUGCAAAACUCCUUUGUGUUAAACUAAGUAAGUCUAUGAUUAUAACCUAUUGUUAAACAUUAACCUACUAAUUCUGCUUUCCUAGUCCUCUGUUUAAAAAUUAUAGUCAGCUUUGCUUAAACAUAAAACAAUUAUUUUUAAUCUGAAUGUUAAGAACUAAUUUAAUGUGUAUGGUCUAUCGUAUUUAAGACAUACCCUAGUGAUCAUUUAGUUUUACUAGUUCAAACACUAACAAUUUAAGACUUGUGUAGCAUGGUUUUGAUAUUUUACAGGCUUGACAUAUCUCAGUAGGUGAUAAAUUUAAGAUGUAUGAUGCCACUUGGAGGCUUUUACUUGGGUUUUUUUUUUUUCAAAUUUUACUUGAAAAUUGAAUUUAAAAACAAAAUGUUUGAUUCAAAAUGGAGAGAAUUUCAGUUGUCAUAUACAGUUUUAAAUGUUAUCCAUUUAUCUCCUUGAUAAAUUGCUCAACUAUCAAAUUUUACCAUCUGGUUUAUAGUUACAUACGUUACUAUCUCACUUUCCAAGUGAAUAAAAUAUUCCAACCAUAAGAAGGAGAAGAAGAAAAAAAAAACAGUACAGGCAACCUAACAGCAUUUGAAAACUUAGCCUUAUAAAAAUUAGUGCCUCAUUAUCCUGUCUGUUGCAGAGAAAGACACUUCUCUGGCAGGUUAUUUGAGAACCGCAAACUGAACCAUUCCAUCUUGAAAGAACAGUUCAUAAUACCUGUUCCAGACUUCAGAUUUUAAAACUGUUUCCAAUAGAAAUGAACAGAGACUCCUGCUGAGAUCAAAAGGCUGCUUUGUUUUAGCUGAAACAGUAAACAUCUGUGAGGUUGCCUAUGCUGGUGUCUGUUCUAGUUAUGUCUUUGUAAAAUGCAUUACUUAAUACAGUUGAGUCCAUAAAAGAUUAGUAUGUAUUUGACUGAACUGUCAAAAAUGCAAAGAAAGCAGUGGAACAGUUAACCUAAAUCUGGUGGGGUCAGAUGGUCCAGAACAAAAAAUAAAUUCCAAUAAUUUUAACUUCCCUGAACUGUCAAUCUUAUGGACAACUACUGCUUAGAAAGGUCCAAUAAACGCUAUUUGUUCUGGAUAAGUGGCAGAUAUUGCCAAUUGAUAUGAAGCCCAGGGCUUUGUUUAGACAUGGCAAAAAGAAACUGGACUUGUACUAAUUGCCGAUAGGUAUCAUGGCCAACUUUCCAUUCAAGCAGUUCCGAGGGAAAUGCUAUUCCACAGCAUUUAAUCUUUUGAACAUAUGACUUUUAUUAAACGACUGUUCAGGGGCAAUAUAUAUCAUUUACUUUUGAAACUAAAAUUCCUCAGAGAUUGAAACAGCACACCAUUUAUAGACUUUGAGAUCUCUUCCUGUGCAGAGCAUAAUUCCAUUAUACUAAAGCAGAAAUUUAAAAAAAUCCUUAGCAACAAACCAGAAGUUUUCAGUUUAUUGGUGGAACCGAAAUGAUGAUUUAUAGGCACUUAAGAUUUACUUACUUAUAGAAUUCUUUAAAAAAAAAAAAAUUAGACACUGAAUUUUUAAAUUGUUCUACUGGGCAGAAGAGACCUCCAGCAAAAGCAAUGCAUUUUUGUCCUUACGGUAGACCUUAAAUGUUCUGUGAAGACAUUGCACCCUAGGAAAAAUUUGAUCAUUGGCACUUACAUUUUCGCCUUUAGACAUCAUAGAGAACGAUACCAUAAACAUAUCCCUGCUUUCAGCAUUUUAGAAAUGCAAAACCUAAUUAUAUAUCAAGUAUAAACUUCAGUGUGAACUCAAAGACUGGUUCUGAAAGCUUCGUGGUUUGUUUCUUCUUUGUCUUGCUUAAUUACGUGGAGUGGGGCAGGAGUUCCCAAUGUUUUCAUACUGUCAUAGACUUUUGAGAGGUGUCAGGUCCACACCCAUCUAUACACAUCCCUGUGUUCUUAUACUGGCUCAUCUAAAUAUUAGAAAAAUCAAAUACUAUCUUCUAAAAACAUUUUGAACCAGAAUUCAUGUGCCACAUGUGUUCCCUAUGUUAACCAGCAGGGGUAUUUUGGUUGCAUCCACUGCAGAUCUGUACAUGAUUUUUUUUUUUUUCAUUUAAAAAUAAUGAAAUCUAAAAGCCACAUUUCUUAAUACAAAUGAAUGAAUAUACAGAAUAAUAUCCUUAAAAAAAUAAUUCCAUAUAAUUUAGCUAUUGGACUACUAAAUUUUUCAUAUGUGGCCAUAUAUCUACCCAGGUGUGUAGGUGUUUGCAGGGCUCAGUGUGUAUAUGGGUGUGCUUAUGUAAGUAUUUGUGUAUGUUUAUAGACCAUAAAUAGUAGAGUAUGGUAUUUGUGACACAGCCUUAUAAGUUACUGGCUCUUGUGGAAUUGUAUGUAAAACCUUUCAUGUCGUAAAUCAGUACCCAUGACAUAUUAAUUGAGGCAUAUUUAACUUCAAAAGUCGUUUGCUAAACUAGUAUGGCAAAAUGGUUCCAAAUAAUAGGCAGAUGUACUGAUUUAUUUUAAACAGUUUGGAAUCCAGUUAAACAAAAAUCUCAAAUUCAGAUAAAUCAAUAUUGUGUUAACUCUUAAAUAUAAACAUACAUUAAUGCUUAUAUUGUUAUGUCCUGAUAUUCUAUUAUUAAAAUGAUUAUAUACUAUCACUGAUGUUUCUUUAAUGUGUAUGACAUGUGGUGAUUGUCAGUCAGUGUUCACUAAAAAAAGGAAGUAUUGAUUUAUAGGGUUGUGAGUAGGUGAGUAAUUAUAUUGAAACAUAAAUCGAAGAGAAUCCAAACUGUGUUUGAUUUGAAGUAAGUUGAAUUGCAAAGCCAGAUAACCUGUAAGGCAGUUUUGUAUGUUCUUUCAAAACACGAUUCUAAACUAUUGAUGUAUUUUCAGUAGUAACCCUACUAUACUUACUGUAUGUGUGUAUAACAAAUAUACACACUCCUGAAAAUGUUAAUUGAAUGAAUAUAUUGGGAAUGAACUUUUUGGCCAACCCAAUGCUAUAUAUACAUACAUUUCCUACUUAUACAUAUUUGCAUUAGCCUGGCCAGCAUCUCUAAUUGUGCAUGUCAGUGACAACGAUAUCCCACAGAAUUAUAGUGUGAAAAUUAGAGAUAUAUUGAAUUCGAAAUACCAGUUGCCUGAUGCAGUUUGUUAUACUGUCAGCUAAAAAAUAUUUGUAACUUUGUGCCUGUAAUGCAUGUGGAAAAGAUAGGAAAUCUGAGGCCCUAGCUGUAAUUUUUCAGGGUGCAUGAUAUAUAGUGUCUUUAAAAUGUGGUUCAUUUUAGUAAAGACGAUGGAUAAAUUCCAAGAUAGUAUAAAUGUUGCAUGUAAUACAUGGGUGUUUGUAUUAUAUAUGGCCACAAAAUGGUUUUGAAGCCAGGGUAGUAGGUAUCUGAAAGGUCAUAGGCAAAGAACUAUGAAAGUUAAUUUUCUUGUGAUGUGUUUCUUUGAGUUUAUAUUCAUCAACAAGCAAGGAAUUAGGUUUAUUUGUUCUAAGGUCAUUUUACUUUGAAAUAUACUAUGAAUGUUGUAAAUUUGGAUAAAAUUUUUGUAGAGAGGUUGACAUAUUUCCUGCUUACAGUUUGAGUUGCUCGGAUGUGUAUUCUCUUAAAAAAAGCAUUUGGUGUUGAAAUGUUUUAAACAGCAACAUGUUUUAAAAACCCAUCAGUUGAGGCCAUCAGCAGAGUUUUACAGAGCGAAAUGGUGAAAUGUUUCAUUGACCUACCCAAUUUUGAAAGUUCCAUCACUUUUUACUGUGGCUUCACUGUAAAAUAUUGUACGUUGUGUUUCACACUGGACCAUGUUAUUCCUCUCAAAGUUAAUGUUGUGACACUUACCACCUUAAAAAUAACUAAUAAACAGGAAAAACCA